CCCCACACUUACAGAAACUAACCCAAAAAAAAAAUCUAGAUAAAUUUGUUAAGAGACCAUUAAUACAUAAGUUUUCUUCACUAAACCAGAGUCUAAGAGAGAGAGAGAGAGAGAGAGAGAGAGAGAGAGAGAAUGAUCAAGCAAGUACUUGAAGAGAAAAUGCUCUUCUCAUCAGCUCCAAGCUCUGAGCUCUACACUUCCAUUCCUCAAGGUGAUCAGAGGAGGACGAGGAGGCGGCGGAGGAGAGCCAAGGUCGAUAGUGACGGUUUGAGCGCCGAGAGCAAGAAGAGGAGGCUGAGUGAUGAACAAUUGAGGUUUCUAGAGAUAAAUUUUGGUGAGGAGAGAAAGCUAGAAUCAGGGAGAAAGAUGCAAUUGGCAAGCAAGCUCGGGCUCGACCCGAAGCAGGUUGCGGUCUGGUUUCAGAACCGGAGGGCUAGGUGGAAGAACAAGCAGAUGGAAGAGGAGUAUUUGAAGCUUAAAACUAAGCUCGAUUCUGUUGUUGUCGAGAAAUGCCACCUUGAGAAUGAGGUGUUGAGCUUGAAGGAAAGGCUUUCGGAGGCUGAGGAGAAGAUAAAGAGGCUUUCAAAGGGUGGCGACGGUGGUGCGGACGAUGGAGGCAGCCCGAGCUCAUCAUCUACGGAAACCUACCAGCCUCCUCCUCCUCCACCCGCGGCUCUCGGUGAGUUUGGUGAAAUGGGAGACGAACUCUUGUACAUAAACGAGGACAACUGUGUUAUCGAUUAUGGCUACCUGUUUGGGAUGUAACUGUAAUUAGUAGCCUCUAAUGAUCCUGUUAAUUAGUAGUCUAUGUGAUUAGCGCAUGUUCUUGUGUAGUGUUAUCCACUAACAAAUUCUCUGGCUAGAGGGGUGAUGUACUAUUGACCUUGUAAUUUGUUGCUAAUUAGUGAAGAUUAAGAUGCUUUUGCGUAGCGUGUAA